AUGACGAAAAAGGAUAAAAAGACAGUAAAGGUACAGACCGUUACUACUGAGGACGGUGAAUCUGUGAAGCUAUUUGAAGACUUGCAAGGCUUCGAGAAUUUCAUUGCCAACGAAACUGAAGAUGACGAUUUUGACCACUUACAUUGUAAGCUGAAUUACUAUCCACCAUUUGUUCUACACGAGUCACAUGAAGAUCCUGAAAAGAUCAGCGACUCUGCAAACUCUCAUUCCAAAAAGUUCGUGCGUCACUUGCAUCAGCAUAUCGAAAAGCAUCUUUUAAAAGAUAUCAAAGAGGCUGUUAGGAAGCCAGAACUGAAAUUCCAUGAGAAAUCAAAGGACGAAACUUUUGAUAAAAUCGUGUGGCACUAUGGUGAGGAAACCGAGUAUCAUGGUAGGCCAUUCAAGAUAGACGUUCAAGUAGUGUGUACACAUGACGAUGCCAUGGUGUUUGUCGACUACAAAACACACCCUGUGGCUACACAUUAA